GUCAUGCUCGCUACACGCGCCUGUCUCCUGCUGCCGCUGCUGCUCGCCGCCGCCGUGCUGGCCGCCGCCGCCCCCGCCCCCGCACGCCUCCGCCGCCAGCUGGCCGACGACGCCGCGCUGCAGCCGCUCGACGACCCGGCGGACGACGAGCUGACCAGAGAGAAGCGCAAGCUGGAGGGCGUGACGCAGGCCAAGUAUGGCGUGAAGAACGCGCUGCUGGGCUUCGUGUUUGGCAAAAUCAACUCAUUUAUCGACGCGAAGACGCGGCUGGUGGCGUCCCUGGACAAGAAGAACAUCGAGCUGAACAAGCAGUACGGCAUCGAGCCGCCGCAGAACGGGCUGGCAUCGCUGACGGGCGCGAUCGGCCAGGCCAUAGGACCCAAGCUGCAGUACAUCGCGCCCAAGCUGCAGGCGGUCACCGGCCUGCUGGGCGGAGGUUCGUCGGGCGGCUCGGGCUCGGGCUCGGGCUCGGGGCUCGGCUCCAUCCUGUCCCUCGUCACCUCGCUGUCGGGCUCGUCGUCGGGCGGGGGCGCCGCGGGCGGCACCGUCGAGACCGUCGACUCCGACGAGGACGACUCCUGAUCCCCGGCCCUCUCCACUAGCUGUCGGCGGGGACGGCGUGGCGCGGGACAUCCGGUGACAUGACCCGGUACACCCAGUAAUAGUCCGCGCCACGCCGUCCACGUCCCGUCCCCCCCCGGCGCCCGCCCCGUUUGUACAGAGUGCACUCGGUGUGUCGGUCCGCCGGCCCCGUAUUUAUAAAUGUAAAUAGUUGUUGGUGAGUUUUGGUACAUAUAAAUAUAGUAUUGUAUUGUUUGUAUAAAUGUUUGUUGUUUUACUGCACGCAUGCGUCGCACCAUCGUACGCCUCUUAGUGGUCUCUGUCUCUAGCGGACGAGCAGCUCCCUCGAGCCUUGUAAUGUCUGUUGUGUUUUGUUUUGGUGCUUGGUGAGGGGCGAGGGCUACCCAUAUGUUGUAUUGUAGAUAAACAUUCCUCUUGUAUAUACUCGGUCCUACCUACUCCUUUCCCCUCCAUCGGUCGGUUGUUGUAAUAUAUCAAUAACAUAUCAAGUCAAAAUAAAAACUUCUCCAAGAAUACUUCAAUAUAUUAAGCGUGUUAGUUAGUACUCAUUAGACGUGUCACGUGAUCAAUGUUAUAAGUUCAUUAUCAAAAAUCAAAAUCCAAACGUUUAUUGAACUCAUAACAUUGAUUUACAAUGGCUUAAGUUCAGUCAUACACUAAAUUUCAUUGUAAUAGGUAAUGUGUCUUGUUGUAGGCAGCCAGACCUGACCGACCUGGUGACGAGGUUGUAUAAACCAUACCAGUCCCACUCAGUAGUACAACUAAUAUAUGAUAUACAUAAAAAACUACAUCGUUCUCGGAUGUUCCAAUUAUUAUUCUACAACACUGGCAUGCAUGACAGACAGAGUUUCAACUUUAAAUAAUUAAUUUAAUAUGUAAUAGUUGUAGUAGUUAAUACUGUCUAUAUUAUAUUAGUACGGUAGGAUAUUGGUUGUUAAUAUAAUGAUCGUUAGACAUGCUCAUAAACAAUUAAUAGUCUGACCAUGUGGUCCCCCGAACGUGCUAAUGUAUUGUGCUGAGUGAAAAUGUGAAUGAAUGUAUGUCGCAAACAAUGAAGUAUGUGUAAUUGUGACGACCUCAACUGUUCACUGUCACCUUCAAGUAAUGUUUAACAUGUCAAGAAAAAAUGUCAAACAUUAAUCGUCAACUUUGUUUUGUGUCACAAACACCAAAACUAUUCGUGUAAAUAAAAUCAUUGAAUCUAUCAAUGAUCGGUUGAUGAGUUUUAAUAAAUGGUGGUUUUUUUCUAAUUUGUACAAAAAUAUAAAUAAAAGAAGUAAUUUAAUAAUGUUAAAUGUGUCAAGUGGCAAGAUUGUUGCCGUGUAACUAAAGUUAUUCCAAAUUAAUAUUACUAACUCAUUGAUUUAUAUUUGAACAGCUUUUAAAUUUAAUUUUGUAUGUAAGUUUGAUUAUAAUGAUUUUCGUUAAUUUGAUAUGACGUAGACAGCGAGGUGCACGACACUAUAUAGGGUCCGGGCUCCGCGGAACGAUGACUGUUUUGAAAACAUUACGUAAACUACUCGCUUCUUUGAUGGAAACAAUUAAAAAUAAGUGUUCCUAUUGUAGUGUAUAUAGUUAGUUUAUUUGAGUUGUUAAGUGUUUGUAUUAGUACACGCACACACGCGCACAUGUACUCACACACAAAAUAAGGCUGACAUCGUAGUAACAAUUAUAACAGAAGUAAUCUCCUCUUCCGGCGAUCUAACGAUACAAAAUGUAUUUGAUCCCCAAAAUAAUCAUGUCAUAAAAAUUACGAAAUAUACAUCAAAAUAAAUUAGAUAUUACAAUAUGUUUCUUUCACGAGAGGUGGACAGAGCAGGUCCGGGAGGUGGGGAGGAUGGAGUUAAGUAUCGCGUCACGGGUUUGAGAGGGAAUCGAUUAUUUUAUGCUUGAACGGUACCCGCCGCCCGGGGAACAGUAGGUGAUGGAUUGGGUCCACAGCUCCUUGUCAUGGAUGCUCGCGGGCUAGGUGAUCAUUUGUCAUUGCGGAGGGACGGACGGGGUCAGGAUUGCACUAGGGGCGGGUGAUAACGUAGUCCUAUAUUAUUAUGUUCAGUAGGUGGUAGCCUCUUAUAAGAUUUGAAUAAAGAAUAUUUUCUGAUGUCAGUUUUACUUAUCACUCUUCUGAUAUUAAAGCGUUCGAGAUUUGCUGAGUUGAUAGAAUUGCUGCUGCACGACCACGACGAUACAGACUUAAUAUCUGGAGCUUCAGUGAGAGAACUCAAUUACACACACACACACACGUACACACACACACAACACAGACGCGAGAGUCCUUGGUAAGUGGGGCCCGUGGUUCGUGGUGCUGAGGGCGAGGGUGUCACUCCAUGAGUGACGGUGUUGGUCUCGCAGAGUGGCGCCACGUGGGCCCGCCGCCGCACGCCGGACCCAAGGAGCUCCUGGAGGACGCUCUCGGGCCGGGACGCCGCCAGCCGGCGAGACACGCGCCAGGCAACCGGGAAGACUGCCACCGACAACAUUCCGGUGUUCGACCGGAACAAGGUCAGCCUGGACUUCCCAGGGAACCUGUUUGGGCCAUCCGUGUCGCUCCUUAUCCGGACCACUAAGAUCGUUGGCGACGUCAUACAGAACUCCGCGGUGCGAUACCAGACAUUUCUGCGCCUGUUCCGGCCGCUGUUCCGAGGACCCUUCGAGAUCAAAGGUCUGGAUCCUCCGACCACUACCACUACAAGCACCACCACAACGCCCCGGGCCCCUCCACCCCCAGCCGCCUCCACACUGUCACCCACCAAGGAGAACGAGAUCGCGCGGAGAUAGACAUCCACCUACCCGACUGCAAUUAAUUAUUGAGCUCAUUAAUAUUUAUUAUUUCAUUAUAACGUGGGGUCCGCGCAUGCGUCGUGCCAUCGGAGCUCUGUUUACAUCUAAAUCAUAUUAUAUUAUAUGAUGUUACCACACAAGUAACAAUCGGACCCAAUCACAUCAUCCUCAGCCAUGUUGGUGUCCACUGUCCUGAAACAUAAGUCAGACAGGUAGAGUGGCUCACGGGCUGCAUCACUUGCUACUCCACCACCGCUGUCUAGAAUCAUACGCAUUCGAUUAUUUGUAAAACAUUGGAGACCAAAGUUAGUUUAUAAAAUUCAUCAGGGAAUGUAUACGUUUUGCUGAUUGGCUUUUAGUAAAAGAAGGGUCAAAUAAUUAAAGAUCGAGUGAUAUAAUUAAUUCUAGUUUAAUUAUAGUUUCCAAUAAAAAUUGUUGAAAUGAAA